AUGUCGUUCACCGAGAUGAUGCAGCAGGCGAUCAGCAUAAGAACGAGCACGGACGCGAACCUACGAGUGGAUUUCGACGCCAGGCCAAAGUUCCAGCAGGCUUCCAUGUUCGCUACCAAGAAGGUGCUAGCAGCCCGCGACCUUCCUUUGGAGGAGAGAGUAGGGGAAUGCACGUCGUUGAAGCUCGAGGGGAACGAGGAGAUGAGGAACGGUUGUCCCGACAAGGCGUGUCAGCUUUACGAGCAGGCACUGGCGAUGUUCUGGUACCUGAAAAACCACAACAUCAACUGGAAAACGAGCGAGAUUAAGGACGAGGACAUCGAGGAAGUAAACUUUUGGUUAGGGCGUGGAUCGGAUAAAUCCACUGAGGAGAUUAGGGAUCUCAACGUGGCACUGCUGCUCAACAUAGCUCGGGCGUACUCCGCCCAGAACGACUACACAACCUCCGCGAGGGCUUGCAGCGCCGCGCUCACCCUAAACCCUUGCAGCGCCAAGGCCCUGUACCUGAGAGGGAAGGCUCUCGUAGCGCCUGCUUCGGCGGGGGCGUUCGAAACAGACGCGGCGAUCCGCGACGUUUCUCGAGCAGCCAAACUAGCCCCGAGCGACAGUCUUAUCAAGGCGUUUAUGGCUAAGUUGAAGACAGAAAAGGCGAAGCAGAAGGAAACAGACCGCGCGACGUUCGCCGGCAUGUUCGGCCGAGGAAACAUCUGCGACCCAGGAGGGGAGGCAGAGGCCAGUCGUCUGCACGCGCCAACGCACGGGAACGUGUCCGCGGGAAGCGACGCCCUACGCGGCAAACCGGACAGAGCGGCAGGCAAGCACGAUCUGUCCAUGGAGCACGGCCAAGCUGACGCUGGAAACGCGACUAGGAGCGCCGGAGGGGGCGACCCGCUGGAGACCCGCAGACACGUCGAGGAGAGAGUGGAGUACUUGAAGGACAUGGCCCGGAAGUGCGAUGAAGAGGGUUUGGAAGAGGAGGCCGAACAGUACCGCGAGCGCUUUGCCGCCAUCGAGGAGUUGCUGUCCGAGCACGACAGGCAGCAGCAGGAGCGUGCUGCGGGGCACGAAAGGGCCCACGUCGAGAUGGACUGGAGAAAUCCUUCCGAGGCAAUGCUCAAGAGAGCCAGGGAGGAAGAAUACGACCUCUCCAACCCCGCCGUGGUCAGCUUUCUGGUCAAGAUGCAAGAGAUGCACCGGAGGAAGCUUACAACCCAACAAGGCCCAGAAGAUGACGACGACCAGGACAACUGGAGUUCAAAUGUCUGGGAAGGCGCCAUCCUCUGUAUGUCCCGAGCGGAAGUGACGUCCUUCUUGACGAAGGAGCUGGGCGUUGACGCGAGGCCUGCUGACACACCACUGGAGACACUGAGGCUCCUGGCCGCCAGCCGGGUGCUGGGUCGUCCUUCUCUCGGCGAGGGGGCUUCCUCGCCCGGCAGGCAGAAACCGGCGGCGAACGAGAAAGGAUCGAAACGAACGGUAUGGCCGUGGCAGAGAGGGAAGGCAAAGGCGUACUCGGUAGUUGGGUACUCGCCUGAGGAAAGAUAA